AUGAUGAUUGAGGAUGAUUCGUUACAAGGAACAAGUUCAGAAGUAGAAACAGAUACAACACCAACCACUGAUCGACAACAGAAUGAGAAUAUUUCAUUUUCUUUUGCACAUAUCAUCAAGCCAGAGGAAAUGUUUUAUACAUGCGCGUGGACACUUAUCAAUGAUUCAUCAACAUCCAACCAGCCAAAAGUUUUACUGGCUGCUGCUGGAUUUCGUGGAGUUAUUCGAAUAAUUGAUAUAACAAAUCAAUGGAAUCCUAAUUCUUUGAAAAAUGCUGGCGAAGUUUAUCAUCUGGUUUUUUCAAAAACAAAACCAAAUUUAUUAGUAACAGCCAGUAAAAAUUGUACAGUGUGUCUUUGGGAUGUUCUAGCGUCAAUAAAUUUAGUUAUUUUCCACGGAUCAAACGGACAUACAGAUCAAGUCAUAUGUGCAGAUAUAAACGACGAGGGUACGAUGAUUGCAUCAUCUGGCAUGGAUUUAACAAUUAAUCUAUGGUCCUUAACAAAAGAUGAAAUUGUGAAACAAAUUCAGAUAGCCGAAGAUAAUCGGAACAGUAGCAAAAAGCGAUUAAUAAAAACAUCUCGUAUUGCAUUUCCCGAUGCACAAGCAACAUCAGCUCAUGAAAAUUUUAUUGAUUGCAUUAAAUGGUAUGAUGACUUAAUUAUUUCUAGAGCUGCUGAUGAUACAUUUUGUAUCUGGCAGUGUUUAAAUCAGCCCAAACCACAAGUAUUGUUCCGAUGGGAACUAUCUGAACCAGAACCAUAUUGGUUCAUUAAAUUUGGAAUAUCAUUUGCCGAUCAGGUGCGUUGA